AUGGAUCAACAAUUUCUAAGUCAACUUGAACAGACUUUGCACGCUAUUACUUCUGGUGUAGGUUUGAAAGAGGCCACAAAAACCUUGCAAUCUCAAUUUUACACCCAGCCUACAACUUUGCCAGCUUUGAUUCACAUUUUGCAGAAUGGAUCGAAUGACUCGUUGAAACAAUUAGCAGGUGUUGAAGCUAGAAAGUUGGUUUCCAAGCAUUGGAAUUCCAUUGAUGAAUCCACUAGAGCCUCCAUCAAAACUUCUCUUCUACAAACCGCGUUUAGUGAACCAAAAGAAAAUGUACGUCAUUCUAAUGCUCGAGUAAUCGCUUCUAUUGGUACUGAAGAGUUGGACGGUAACAAAUGGCCAGAUCUAGUCCCUAACUUGAUCCAAGCUGCUUCCGGUGAAGAUAUACAAACAAGACAAACUGCUAUUUUUAUUUUGUUUUCCUUGCUUGAAGAUUUCACUUCUUCUCUAACUGGUUACGUUGAUGACUUCUUGACUUUAUUUUCCCAAACUAUUAAUGAUCCUGCUUCUUUGGAAAUUAGAUCAUUAUCUGCCCAAGCUUUAAAUCACGUCUCUGCUUUGAUUGAAGAACAAGAAACUAUCAAUCCUGUCCAAGCUCAAAAAUUUGCUGCUUCCAUUCCUUCUGUUGUCAACGUUCUAGAUGCCGUUAUCAAGGCCGAUGACACUAUGAACGCCAAACUGAUCUUUAACUGUCUAAAUGAUUUCCUGUUAUUGGACUCUCAAUUAACCGGCAACUUCAUUGUUGAUCUUAUCAAACUUUCUCUACAAAUUGCCGUUAACAAUGAAAUUGAUGAAGAUGUUAGAGUUUUUGCUCUCCAGUUUAUCAUUUCUUCAUUGUCUUACAGAAAAUCAAAGGUUUCUCAAAGCAAAUUGGGCCCAGAAAUUACUAUGGCUGCGUUGAAGGUUGCUUGUGAAGAAAUUGAUGUGGACGAUGAGUUAAAUAACGAAGACGAAACAGGGGAAAAUGAGGAAAACACUCCUUCUUCUUCUGCUAUCAGACUGUUAGCUUUUGCUUCCUCCGAACUACCACCAUCCCAAGUUGCAUCCGUUAUUGUUGAACACAUUCCAGCUAUGUUACAAUCUGCAAAUGUUUUCGAAAGAAGAGCCAUCCUUUUGGCUAUCUCUGUUGCUGUGACUGGUUCUCCAGACUAUAUUUUGUCUCAGUUUGACAAAAUUAUUCCCGCCACUAUUAAUGGUUUAAAGGAUGCUGAACCGGUUGUUAAAUUAGCUGCUUUAAAGUGUAUUCAUCAAUUAACAACUGAUCUACAAGAUGAAGUAGCCAAGUUCCACGAAGAAUAUCUACCAUUGAUCAUUGAUAUUAUUGAUUCUGCUAAAAACAUUGUCAUUUACAACUAUGCAACUGUUGCUCUAGACGGUCUGCUUGAAUUUAUCGCAUAUGAUGCUAUUGCCAAGUAUUUGGAUCCUUUGAUGAACAAAUUAUUUUAUAUGUUGGAAAGUAAUGAAUCGUCUAAGUUGAGAUGUGCUGUUGUUUCUGCAAUUGGUUCUGCUGCUUUUGCAGCUGGUUCCGCUUUCAUUCCAUACUUCAAAACCAGUGUUCACUAUUUGGAGAAAUUUAUUCAAAAUUGUUCCCAGAUUGAAGGUAUGAGUGAAGAUGAUAUUGAAUUAAGAGCUAACACUUUUGAGAAUAUUUCUACCAUGGCUAGAGCCGUUAGGUCGGAUGCUUUUGCUGAAUUUGCCGAGCCUUUAGUAAAUUCUGCCUACGAGGCCAUCAAGACAGAUUCUGCUAGGUUGAGAGAAUCUGGUUAUGCAUUCAUUGCGAACUUGGCUAAAGUUUACGGUGAGAAUUUUGCUCCGUUCUUGAAAACCAUUUUACCAGAAAUCUUUAAAACAUUGGAAUUAGAUGAGUACCAAUUCAACUUUGACGGUGAUGCAGAAGACUUAGCUGCCUUUGCAGAUUCUGCUAAUGAAGAAGAACUACAGAAUAAAUUCACUGUGAACACCGGUAUUUCCUAUGAAAAGGAAGUUGCCUCUGCAGCAUUGUCUGAAUUAGCACUGGGUACUAAAGAACAUUUCUUGCCAUACGUUGAACAAUCUUUAAAAGUUUUGAAUGAACAAGUUGAUGAGUCUUACGGUUUAAGAGAAACUGCUUUAAAUACUAUUUGGAAUGUUGUUAAAUCUGUCCUAUUGGCUUCUAAAGUGGCACCAGAAAGCUAUCCAAAAGGCAUUCCAGCUUCUUCAUAUGUAAAUGCCGAUGUUCUAGCCGUCAUUCAAGCUGCCAGGGAAACUUCCAUGGGUAAUUUGAGUGAUGAAUUUGAAACUUCAAUGGUUAUUACUGUUAUGGAGGAUUUUGCCAAUAUGAUCAAACAAUUUGGUGCAAUUAUAAUCAUGGAUAACGGCGACUCUUCCAUGUUAGAAGCUUUGUGUUUGCAGGUUUUAAGUGUCUUGAAAGGUACACAUACUUGUCAAACCAUUGACAUUGAAGAAGACGUUCCAAGAGAUGAGGAAUUAGACGCUUCUGAAACUGAAGCCACCUUGCAAGAUGUUGCCUUAGAAGUACUUGUCAGUUUAUCUCAAGCUUUAGCUGGUGAUUUUGCCAAGGUUUUCGAUAACUUCAGACCAGUUGUUUUCGCAUUGUUCCAAUCUAAAUCUAAGAACAAGAGAUCCUCCGCCGUUGGUGCAGCCUCUGAAUUAGCUUUGGGCAUGAAAGAACAAAAUCCUUUUGUUCAUGAAAUGCUAGAAGCUUUAGUUAUAAGAUUGACCAGCGAUAAGUCUUUAGAAGUUAGAGGUAAUGCUGCUUACGGUGUUGGCCUAUUAUGCGAAUAUGCGUCUAUGGACAUAACAGCCGUCUAUGAACCUGUUUUGAAGGCCCUUUACGAGUUACUAAACGCUGCUGACCAAAAGGCUUUGGCAGCUGAAGAUGACGAAGCCACCAGAGAGAUUAUUGACAGGGCCUAUGCUAAUGCUAGCGGAUGUGUGGCUAGAAUGGCUUUGAAAAAUAGUGCCUUAGUCCCACUAGAACAAACUGUUCCAGCAUUAUUAGCACAUUUGCCACUGCACACUGGUUUUGAAGAAUACAAUCCAAUUUUUGAGUUGAUAAUGAAAUUAUACCAGGAAAACAGCCCUGUUGUCACAAAUGAAACUCCAAGAAUUAUUGAGAUUUUCAGUGCUGUAUUUACUAAAGAGAACGAUAGAAUCAAAUUAGAAAAGGAAUCUACUUUAGGUAGAGAAGAAAAUAUGGAAAGAUUGAAGCAAUUCCAAACGGAAGAAAUGAAGCUUAAGGUCAUUGAAUUAUUAAAAUACCUGAACACCACUUAUAACGGAAUCGUUGCUCAAAAUCCAGUUUUAUCUGCCGUAAUUGCGUGA